AAUAGUAGCAAAGAAAUCGUGUGUCGUAUAGGUUGUUCGUUCGCUCGUACGUUACGGUAGUGUGACGGCUUGGAACUUUUGCGCAUAGUUAGCAUUUACAUACAAGUUUACAUAUAUUCUCUUUUAUUCACUAUGAACAGCAUACAUACGUUUUGCGGUUGAAUGAAACUUGUGCAGCAGUCAGCAAAGUCCUCUGCCGGCUCCGAUUUCGUCGAUUUGGUUUCAUGUAUGAAUUCAUAGUCUACCAAUUAUGUGCAUCAAUAACUUUUCCAAGACAAAUGUUUAAAAUAAAAAAAAAGUUCGUUAUUUCAAAAACAAAUUGUAUUAUUUUGCAACACCCAAAGCAUUUAAAAUAUAAGCAACGGCAACUCUACAACAUUAAAGUGUAGAAAAAUUUCCCUCGUUUGGUAAAGAAUACAAAGAAUUACGCUGAACUGGAGAGCUAACUAACGAAAUGCAACUGAAAAAGAAAUACGAGGAAAGAGACGACCACAGUAUGGAACAUACAAGCAUUAGUUAUGGAUCCAACAUGGCCGAUAAUACACGCGAAGUUAGAAUUGAAGAGCAAUUAAAAGUGAAAAUUGGAGAAGCUAAAAACCUGAGCAGUCGCAAUGCCGCCAACACAAGCUGCAGCACACAAGGCGUGCGAGAUGUAUACUGCACGAUCGCGCUUGAUCAGGAGGAGAUCUGUCGAACACCAACCAUCGAACGCACUUUGGCGCCAUUUUUUGGCGAGGAAUAUCAAUUCAAAAUACCGCGACGCUUCCGUUAUCUUUCCAUAUAUGUAUGGGAUCGCGAUCGGCACAUGAAACAGGACAAGCCGAUUGGUAAGAUAGCGAUCAAACGCGAAGAGCUGCAUAUGUACAAUCACAAGGAUAAUUGGUUUGCUUUGCGACCGGUCGAUUCGGACUCCGAGGUGCAGGGUAUGGCUCAUAUUGAGGUGCAAUACGAAGAGGUGCAACCGCCAGUGCGUGGACAACGUAUCAAUUUAAUACGGCCCAUCGAAUAUGAUCCCAGUGAUAUCAUUGAGGAUAUUAGCCAUCAUCAUCAACAUCAAGCCCAUCAAAAUGACUACAAAGAGAAUAGUGAGCUGAGUAAUAUACAACGUGGUUCGCUUAAAAGUCGCAGUCUCUUUGGCACCGAUAACGAACAUACGGCGAAUUGGAAAAAUGUGUUAGCCGUGCGACAUUCACGAAUUGCUGUUCGUUGUUUGGAAUGUGUCGAUUUGGCUAAAAAGAAUGGCACUUGUGAUCCAUAUGUUAUAUUUACAGCGACCUAUACGAAUAAGCGACAAGUGACGAGACGCACAAAAGUGCGUGAAAAAACUGUUAAUCCUGAAUUUGAUGAGACAGUGUACUUUGAUCUCUGCAUCGAUGCUGAUAAUGCCACAACAAAGUCGUUAUGUACACAUCAUGACGCCAGUACAACGAACUCUAAUAAAGGCUAUACGAUUUAUCCGUUCGGUGGUGCUAAUCUUUGUGAGAUUUCCAUUGCUUUAUGGCACAAUUCGGCAGGUAUGGCUGAUAAGGUGUUCCUUGGUGAAGUGAAAAUACCCAUUUUAAACAACAAGCAACUACAUCAGUCCGCUUGGUAUUUCCUCCAACCCCGCUCAGCCAGCUCAUUGAAUCGCUCGAUAUCGUCAACGCCGCGCUCCUGUGCGACCCCACCUGGUACACGUCUCAGCUGUGACAGCACGAUUGGCACACUGCGCCUAAAACUACUCUAUACCGCCGAUCAUGUCUUCCCGCUUGCAACGUACGAUGAUCUAAUGAACCUGCUAUUGGAGUCGGUCGAUCAGCGUCCGAUAACAGUGUCCGCCGUCUCCAUAUUGGGCGAAUUGGUGUCGUGCAAGACGGAUAUGGCGCAACCAUUAGUGCGACUAUUCACACACAAAGGCCGCAUAGCGUCGAUUAUCAAGGCGUUGGCCGAUUAUGAGAUUUCCAAUCUAACCGAUCCGACGACGAUUUUUCGUGGCAACACAUUGGUUUCCAAAAUGAUGGACGAAGCUAUGCGACUGUCUGGCUUACCUUAUCUGCAUCAGACGUUACGGCCAGUGUUGGCGCAGAUAUUGAGUGAGAAGAAACCUUGUGAAAUAGAUCCGUCCAAAGUAAAGGACCGUUCAGCUGUCGAUACAAAUUUAAAUCACCUGCAGGCUUAUGUGGAACGUGUAUUCGAUGCAAUUACACAGAGUGCGGUGCGUUGCCCGAAAGUGCUAUGUCAGAUAUUUCAUGAUCUACGCGAAUGUGCUGGCCGGCAUUUUCCACGUAAUCAUGAAGUACGCUACUCAGUGGUAUCCGGUUUCAUAUUUCUACGUUUUUUCGCGCCUGCCAUACUUGGUCCAAAGUUGUUUGAUUUGACGUCAGAACCGUUGGAUCACCAAACAAAUCGUACACUAACACUGAUUUCAAAAACGAUACAAUCGCUUGGGAAUUUGGUGAGUUCACGCUCUUCACAGCAGCCGAACAAAGAAGAAUACACCGGCCAGCUGUAUAAGCGUUUUUACACGGAUAAGCAUGUGGCUGCGGUAAAACACUUUUUGGAGGUGAUUUCGACGCCCGGUGAAGAUUGCCGAAUGCAAGGAGAUGCAGACAAUAUUUUGUUGCCAGUUGUGUGCCCUGCUGAUGGUACACUCGAACCAGUAUUACUUAAAGAGGGCGAUGGAAUGAUGACGAAAUAUCCACAAGGCCGUAAACGUUUCGGGCGUAGACGUUUCAAACAACGUUACUUUCGUCUGACAACGAAAACUCUCAGCUAUGCCAAAUCGAAGGGCAAACAACCCAUCUGUGAUAUACCAUUGUCGGAGAUUGAGCGUGUCGAGCAGUUGAACGAGAAAAGUUUUAAAAUGCAAAACUGUUUUAAGAUCAUACGCAAAGAACGUUCACUCAUUAUACAGGCAACGAAUUGUGUGGAGGAGCGCGAAUGGAUCGAUUUGUUGCACAAAAUCUGCCUUACGAAUUCCAUCCGCCUGCAGUAUUUUCAUCCGUCCGCCUUUGUGAACGGCAUCUACAGUUGUUGUUCGCGCUCGGACGAGAAUGCGCCCGGUUGUCGCACUGUCUCCCCGGAAGCGAUCAACUACUUUCAAAUGGAUCUUGUUACAUCACUAGAUCCAGCACUUGAUCUACAACGAAUACACACAUUGAUUAUGUCGCAUAUGACGCAACUGGAAGCGCCACUCGAUCCAAUUAGUUUCCAUCAUUUAUCGCAGGGUCACAAUCCACUUGGACCCACAGUGUUGGCAUUGCAACAACAUUCACCAAUCGCAUAUGCUGAAUUUCAGACGACAAUAGAACAGUUGCGCAAAGUGGCAUACGCCAUCGAUCGUGAUCAUCUCAAUUAUAAGACAGGCAUAGCAUGCGAAUUAAAGUAUGGUAGUCGGCAGGCGCCGAUUGGUGAUGAUAAUUACCUGCAUCACUUCAGUUUGGCGCAACAUCAACAUCAGCAACAACAACAUCAACAUCAGCAACAACAACAGCAGCAGCAGCAAAGCCAACAUCAACAGCAGCACCAACAACAGGUAUUGCUGCAUACACAGCAGCAACAACAACAACAGCAGCAGCAGCUGCAGCAGGCACCGCAAAUUUUGCCACAAAUGCAACAUGUGCGUGCUUAUCCGUAUCACCUUAAAUAGCUGGCGAAAUGAGCGGCGUAGGCGUAUGGGGAUACACACAUACGAGUACAAUACAUACAUAUUUAGUUUUAAUGUACAUUUAUGGGUAGUUGAUAUGUGUAAGUAAAUAAGAAAAGCGAAAGCGCUUAAUCAGAGCUAUACAUGGCAUGUUAUAUGUACCUAAAUAUAAUUGAAAAGCAAUAGGUACUUACUUACCCAUUAAAUUUAUUUAUCAAUGUAAAAAUGGCAGCUAAAAGUGGGCGUGACGAGCCGUGGUGCGGCUACGCCCCUUCUUCUACAUUCGACUAUUGUAGCUAAUGUAGUGAGGCGUCUGAUAAUCAUCGUAAUAUUUAGUGCUGCGCUAGUAUCUAUAAUAAAUAUAUAUAUAUACAUAUGUAUAUGUGUAUUACCACCCUCUCUUCCCAAAAAAAAAAAUUAAAAAUAUAAAAUUAAAAGAAAUCCAAGCAACAAAUACUACAAGCAAAAGUUCAAAUUCUUUAUAAACAAAAUAAAAACCGUUAUGUUCUAAAUAUUUUUUAUAUAUAUACAUAAUAAUUGUGCGUAAAUCUAUUUAACAACAAAACUUACUUUAUGCGAAUUAAAAAUAAUAUACUAAGAAAGAAAAACAACAAAAAAAACAAAAUCGUAUUUGCAUUCGUAUACGCAUGCGUAUGAACGUAUGAGACUAUUUAUUUUAUACAACGCUAUUAUAUAUAAAUACAAACAUACAUAUAUACCUACUUAUUAUGAUUAUUAUUAUUUUUAUAAUUAUUACAUAUUGUUAAAUAAUAUAAUUGUAUACAAAAUUUUAAGUGCAUAGUUAAGCAAACGUUUAUCUACGAGCGUUAGUUCUAAAUUAAACGCUUUGUAGUGUGUAUAUAGUAUUUAGUACAUAAAUAUAUUUAUAUUAUACAUGUACUACUUAUAUGAGUACGAUUUAGUGUAAAAACAAAAAGAAAACUUCUUAUACCAACUAACAAAACUGGCUUAACACACAUUUUGCGUCUCAUUUCACAGAGGCCCAAGGUGUCAAAGUUAAAACUUGUAAGAAAUGAACUCCAAUUUACUGCAUUAUAUGCAUCAUGCUCUAAGCUACAAAACAUAUUUGAAUUAGUAAAUGGACUUUUGUAUUUUAAACUAUUGCAAAUAAGGAGAAAAGCAGUAAGCAAAAUGUAACUAUUGCAUAAGUAAAAUUAUAUUUAGUUUAUAAGUACUAUGAAAACGUCUACGUCUAGGGAAUUUGUGAAAAAAACGAGAAUUACUUGCUAGUGGAUGCAGUAUAUAUUUAAAUAAUAGAGCAACUCAAACAACAUAUUGAAAUCGGCAAAUAAGCUUUAGUUUAGGUAAGCAAAAUCAAAAAAAAAAAAAAA